AUCGCAGAUUCUCUGAGCUUUGAGAGCUCAAUGUAACAAAAGCAGCGGGGAUGAAACAGUGAAAUAACGCGCGAGUGUAUGAAGCGCUGCGCUCACGCGGGACUUGAUUAAUAAUAAUAACACACACACACACACACCCCAGUGAGUUUAGUGGUUAAAGGGCUGACAGUGGCUCGAGCUGUGAGUGAGUGAGCUCAGGAGGACUGUGCUUACAGAGAGACCGCCAGAGGAGUCUCCUCCGCAGCUGGACAGAGGACCGGAGGACCGGAGGACCGGAGCGGGCCGACAUGGACGAGCAGCCGCGCCUGAUGCACGCUCAUGCGGCCGUGGGGAUGAGCGGACACCCGGGCCUGUCCCAGCACAUACCGGACAACACCGGAGCCACCGACGGAGACGGACGGAAGCAGGACAUUGGAGACAUUUUACAACAGAUCAUGACCAUCACUGACCAGAGUCUGGACGAGGCGCAGGCCAGAAAACAUGCUCUCAACUGCCACAGAAUGAAGCCAGCGCUCUUCAACGUCCUGUGUGAAAUCAAAGAAAAAACAGUGUUGAGUAUCCGUGGCGCUCAGGAGGAGGAGCCUCCCGAUGCCCAGCUGAUGCGAUUGGACAACAUGCUGCUGGCGGAGGGCGUGUCCGGGCCGGAGAAAGGGGGCGGGUCUGCGGCGGCAGCGGCGGCGGCGGCAUCGGCUGGAGUCGGAGCCGAUAACUCAGCCGAACACUCAGAUUACAGAGCCAAACUCACCCAGAUCCGCCAGAUCUACCACACCGAGCUGGAGAAGUACGAACAGGCGUGUAACGAGUUCACGACCCAUGUGAUGAACCUGCUGAGAGAGCAGUCUCGCACACGGCCCAUCUCGCCCAAAGAGAUCGAGCGCAUGGUCGGCAUCAUCCACCGCAAGUUCAGCUCCAUCCAGAUGCAGCUCAAGCAGAGCACCUGCGAGGCCGUCAUGAUCCUGCGCUCCCGCUUCCUCGACGCCAGGAGGAAAAGACGAAACUUCAACAAACAGGCCACAGAGAUCCUGAAUGAAUACUUCUACUCCCAUCUCAGUAACCCGUAUCCCAGCGAGGAGGCCAAAGAAGAGCUGGCCAAGAAGUGUUCGAUCACCGUUUCGCAGGUGUCCAACUGGUUCGGAAACAAACGGAUCCGAUAUAAGAAGAACAUCGGGAAAUUCCAGGAAGAAGCCAACAUGUACGCGGCCAGAACGGCUGUGAACGCGGCGAGUGUGUCGGCACACGGCAGUCAGGCCAACUCCCCGUCCACUCCGAACUCAGCAGGUUCUGCUGGCUCUUUUAACAUGUCAAACUCUGGCGAUUUGUUUAUGAGUGUUCAGUCUCUGAACGGGGACUCGUACCAGGGCUCUCAGGUGGGAGCCAAUGUGCAGUCACAGGUGGAUACCCUUCGCCAUGUUAUCAGCCAGACAGGAGGAUACAGUGACGGCCUCGCAGCAAACCAGAUGUACAGUCCGCAGGGCAUCAAUGCGAACGGUGGCUGGCAGGACCCCACCACCCCGUCCUCCGUCACCUCCCCCACAGAAGGACCCGGAAGCGUUCACUCCGACACCUCCAACUGAUCCUCACACACACGGACUGUCUCCAUCCGCGCACCAUCACACGUCUUCAUGCUACCUCUCAAACAUCCAGACCGAGACAACAGGACGUUUAGACUAGACACAUGGCUCUGUACUGUACGUCCACCCUGCCUUCAUCCUCAAGUUAUGUUUCAAACAUUUUUGCAAUUUUACCAUAGUGCCAAAGUACUUUUAUACAUCACUUUAGGAGCUCGUUUUACUUUAUAAUAGACUUGUGCUUGAAAAAGCAGUUUGCACUGCAUCGGAGCUGAACUAGGUUUCUGUUCGUCUAAUAAACCUUUGCUUUGAAUCUCGAAAUAUUUGGUUCGUGUACAUGAGGGAAAAUCAUAGUUUCCCUGCUUAAGCUGUAGUGCAGUUUAGAGCUAUCUAGAUAUCAAAUUAUUCAUUUCUGAAGGUUAUUAGCACAACGGUAUCAUUAUUUAGCAUAUUUUUAAAUAAGAUUCACAUGCAUCACGCUUCAGUUUAUUCAUGUAAUCUUGAUGAAUUUCUGUCUGAUGUUUAUGUACAGACACACAAAUCCCUUUAUAUAUAUAUAUAUAU